CACUUACGGACGCGGUGACGUCAGCCCUAGUCGGUGCGUCGCCGCGGUCGAGGCCGCGGUGCUUGAGGAUCCUGGGGCGGCAGAAGGGUCGGUCCGAGGCGCGGGGCCGCAGAGGGAUAACGGCUAGGGGGCUCUCCGAGGUCCUGUCCCCAGGGUUCAGUUACUGGACUUCCACCCGAGCAGAAGGUGCUGGAAGGCGGACUGGCCACCAUGUCCACAUUCAGACAGGAAGAUGUGGAAGACCACUAUGAGAUGGGAGAGGAGCUGGGCAGCGGCCAGUUUGCAAUUGUGCGAAAAUGCCGGCAGAAGGGCACCGGGAAGGAGUACGCUGCAAAGUUCAUCAAGAAGCGCCGCUUGUCGUCCAGCCGGCGGGGCGUCAGCCGGGAGGAGAUCGAGCGGGAGGUGAACAUCCUGCGUGAGAUCCGGCACCCCAACAUCAUCACGCUGCAUGACAUCUUUGAGAAUAAGACUGAUGUCGUGCUCAUCCUGGAGCUGGUCUCAGGUGGGGAGCUCUUUGAUUUCCUGGCAGAGAAGGAGUCGCUGACGGAGGAUGAGGCCACCCAGUUCCUCAAGCAGAUCCUGGACGGUGUCCACUACCUGCACUCCAAGCGCAUCGCCCACUUCGACCUCAAGCCAGAGAACAUAAUGCUCCUGGACAAGAGCGUGCCCAACCCAAGGAUCAAACUCAUAGACUUUGGCAUCGCCCACAAGAUUGAAGCAGGGAAUGAGUUCAAGAACAUCUUUGGCACCCCAGAGUUUGUGGCUCCCGAGAUUGUCAACUAUGAACCCUUGGGUCUAGAGGCAGACAUGUGGAGCAUCGGCGUCAUCACCUACAUCCUCUUGAGUGGCGCAUCCCCGUUCCUGGGUGAAACCAAGCAGGAAACCCUGACCAACAUCUCGGCGGUGAAUUACGACUUCGACGAGGAGUACUUCAGCAACACCAGCGAGCUGGCCAAGGACUUCAUCCGCCGGCUGCUUGUCAAGGACCCCAAGAGAAGAAUGACCAUUGCCCAGAGCUUGGAGCAUUCCUGGAUCAAGGCGAUUCGGCGACGGAAUGUGCGGCGUGAGGACAGCGGCCGGAAGCCGGAGCGUAGGCGCCUGAAGACGGCCCGCCUCAAGGAGUACACCAUCAAGUCACACUCGAGCAUGCCCCCAAACAACACGUACAUCAACUUCGAGCGCUUCUCCAAGGUGCUGGAGGAGGUGGCGGCGGCUGAGGAGGGUCUGCGUGGGCUGGAGCGCAGCCGGCGCCUCUUCCAGGAGGACAUCGGAGCACUGGCGGCCAUCUACGAGGAGAAGGAGGCCUGGUACCGGGAGGAGAAUGAGAGCAUCGGUCAGGACCUGCGGCGGCUGCGGCAGGAGCUGCACAAGACCGAGGCGCUGCAGCGGCAGGCCCAGGAGGAGACCAAGGGCGCCCUGCUGGGGGCCAGCGGGCUCAAGCGCCGCUUCAGCCGCCUGGAGAACCGCUACGAGGCCCUGGCCAAGCAGGUGGCCUCUGAGAUGCGGUUCGUGCAGGAUUUGGUGCGAGCCAUGGAGCAGGAGAAGCUGCAGGGGGUGGAGUGCAGCCUCCGCUAGGGCCACAUGGGGCAGGCAGGCAGGCCCAGAGGGUACUGGGGUGAUGGCUGUGCUUUGCAGUCCGGGAAGGGCACUGGACUGGGGCAUGUUCCAUGGGCCCAGGAGUUGCAGCCACGGGGUAGGGCUCAGUCACAGGAGGACAGGCUGGUCUGGGCCUCUUCUCCCCCACCUUCCAUAGGGCCACCUCUGUAGUCCACCUCUCUCCCGGGCCUGCAGCAUCAGCAGGGAAAUCUGGACUCUGAGGGGUUGGUACUGCUAGGGUGAAAUUGGACAUGGUAGACACAGGUGCUUCACACCUGGCAGGGUGACAGGGUGGCCCCCUUCAUGUGCAGGGCCUAGGUCGGGGCUUCAGGCCCUCCACGCGGGUCUGUGCACAUGGCCCCUCGGGGAGGCUUUGCCGAGGGACCCCUGGGCUUGGGGUUGGAGGGGCCCCAGCGGCCCUGCAGGCACUUCCUCCAGGUCGGCAGUGGGUGGCCUCUGAGACCGGCUCUUCCCAUCCCCCAGCCCCUGAAAACAUCCCUAGCCCAGGGCUCGGCCCCUGAGCCCCCACUGAGGAGGUGACCCGCCAUGGCGGUGCUGUUGAGGGCUGUGGCAGGGCACAGUGCCUGGACUCAGUGAUUGAACAUCUGCAGAAGCCGAGUCCCUGGGGCCUCCCUGAAGCCCGGGAAGGCGCUUGCCUCCAGAGCGCCAGGCUGGAGCUGUCCCUGCUCCGGGGCCUCAGGAUGCCAGUGCCGCCUACCCAGCUCCCUUCUCCAGUGCUGUGUUUUGGCCUGCCAGGGCUCCAGGCCAGCAUCCCUUGUGGUGGGCCAUGCGGAGUAUUCACCCCCAGAACACUGCAGAGGCCGAGUCCCCCUGCCAGGGAGCCGUGGGGUCCCUUUGCCCUCCAAGGCUCUGCGCUGUCCUGGGGGAGGGGUCGUCUUGUCUGACGCUGCCGGUGUUUCCCUUGAGCACCUGGCCCGGAAGGUGCUUUCUGCCCUGGAGCAGAGGCGGGCGGAGGGAAUUGCAGAGGGCAGUGCCUCCGUGCGCCACUAGGUGCCACUCCCGAGCAGGGUCUUGGCUCCAGGCUUCAGUGGACGACAGUCUAGCUGGUGGCUGCUCUGAGCUCAGAGCUCUCUCCUGCAGGGUGUGAAGCAAGGGACACCUUGUUCAACCCUGCCUUAGCCCAGAGGAGUUCUCCAAACAGAGGCCAGCACAGGCCAAGGGAGGAGCUCGGCAGGUGGGACUGGUUCUCCAGCUAUGGCUCAGGCCACCAGUUUGCUGCUGGGGCUGAGGCAAGACCUUGGGACCUGGCUGUGGGGUCCUUCCUCAGGCCCAGGCCCGUUCCUGGGGGCUGGGUUGGGAACCCAUGUACACCCCUCAUAAGCUCUGCUGUAUCUCAUGCAUGCCUGUGUGAGCACGUGCCUGCCCCAAGCCUCAAGGAAAUAAAGGCCCACUUGCCUGA